UGUUACUUACACCACUGGGUAUGCUUUGUUGUUUAUUGUUCAAUGAUGCAUCAGCUAGUUUUCUCUGCUAGCUAUGCAGUGAAACCUCAGACCGCACUUAGCUUACCUAGAUGUAGCCAUAACUACUACUAGAGCAGCCACACGAGAAAUGCGUAUGUUCGCUAACCUAGUUCUGACUGGCUGGCAAGAAUGAUUCAACGUGAUAUUGAAGUUCUGUAAUUAAUGCUUGAGAGAUGCCAUAUUCCCCUCCUCCCAACUUCUCCUGGGUAGACCCAGACAAACUGGCUGGCUUGGCAAUGCCUAGGAUGACAGCUCACUAUCAGUACCUUCUAGACAAUGGCAUUAAACAUCUAGUGAGCCUAUGCGAAAGAAAACCCCCAUAUCACGAUACAUGCCCAGCACUGACCCUUCAUCACAUCAAAAUACAUGACUUUUGUGCCCCCACCUUUGAUCAAAUCCAUCGCUUCUUGAGCAUCGUUGAAGAGGCUAAUACCAAGGGGGAGGGGGUUGCUGUCCACUGCAUGCAUGGUCAUGGAAGGACAGGCACAAUGCUGGCCUGCUACCUGGUGAAGACGAGGAAAAUCAGUGGGAUAGAGGCCAUUAGAGAGAUCCGCAGGGUCCGUAGCGGCUCUAUAGAAACUAGUGAACAGGAGAAAACUGUAGUACAGUUUUACCAGCAAACCAAAUGACAUCAUGGUGAUGUUCUCAUUUCAGCGCAACUAUUAGACUGUUAUCUGUUACUGCUUUCACACCUUUCUGACAGAUUAUUUUGCCAUAUUCUGCGUUUGUGUAUAAACCAAUAAGCCUAACAAGUCCCAAUAAAUGUUAUUUAUUGACUGA